UAGCGUUUCCAACAUGACUCAAAAUGGCGGUGCACUUCUCCACUAAACGGCUAUUCAGGGACUGAACGAAAACAACAAAAUCACACUAAGUCUUUGUGAGACAUCUGUUAAGGUUUCAGCCAUUUUGGACCAUAGAGAAUAAUUCCACGAUGACAAGCUUCAGGCCUUGGUUGUAAUUGUGGCACACACCACACGCACCUGCAUGGGGAGGAUGGAGAGUGAUUGCAGGAUCCCCAUGUCGUGCUUGAGGCCCAGAAUCCUGGCCUUGCAUGCACUCUUCUGGGUUUUGGUGUCUCUCAGAGUGUUUGGUGCAGCUCUGCUGAGUGAGGAGAAGACCGCAGUGGCCAGGCCGGUAACCACCCCCUGUUGGCAGAUGGAGGAGUUUGUGGUUGCAGUGGAAUGCUCCCGGUGCAACACUCUCCAGUCGAAGUCGUGGGCAGCAUGUAUUCAGACGGGAUACGUGGAGACGAUCAACUGCACCAAGUCUAAUAAAGAUGAGUACAAGAGCUGCCGCUCUACCCUGAUGGAGGAACACCUUUUCUGGAAGUUUGAAGGAGCCACGUUGGGCCUCACCAUACUGUUUGCGCUCAUAGUGGUCGCUAGGCAACGUUCGCUGGACCGGCUUGCCUCCGAGAAAGUCCGCAGGCAGAUCGAGUCCAUCUAGCGCAGUACACCAGAGUGAAGAGACUAGUAAAACUCACCAUGGUGGCUCAUCUCAACAUUUCAAACUGUUAAGAAUGUCCACAGCCGCUCCAUUUCAACAGCAUGGGGGUCUGGAGAACGUAAUGUUCAAUGGGCCAGACUUACUAGAAAACGGUUUCACUUUUUUGGGGGGGGUUCUUGAAGAAAUUAGGCCUGACAGUAACAAGCUUAUAAAAUCAAGAUUGACAGUGAAACUCCAGCUCUAAUUUUAACCCGCCAAAGCACAAAUGGUGAACAGUGUCUGGCGUUUUGUCAAUGGAAUGAAUGGCUCUUCUGAGCAGGCAACUUGCAGUACUUUGAUCUGGACAGAGUGAUGAAUUAUCUGACAAAUGCCAGAGAUGUAUCUGGCACAUGUUUCUGUUCUCUGAGAGAACUAAUCUCAUCUAGUGUCAAAUGCCCUGUCUGACUUGGAAACAUGGCCUAAUAACUAGGUCUGUGACUCAAGUGGAUCUAGAAUCUGUCUUAUAGGGGGAUGAGUGUUGCAGUGUUACUGUGUACUGUUGUAUGAGUUUCAUGCUGCAGUGCUGUUUUUCACCUCCAUGGGAUUCAUAUUUCCAAGAUUCAGUAUUGGUGUUCUGCCAAAAGUCUAUAAUCACUAGAUUUGUGAAAGGUGAAAUCUUGUGUGUUUGGAGAUUCCAGGCAUGGUCCUAACCACAAACACUGACAUUUGACUACUUUUUCAUAAGAGUAUAGCGUUAUCCAAUACACACAAACACACUGCACAUAUUUCUUUCUGUUUUCAUUCAUUUAAAAACUUAGUUGCAUUUCCGCUGAUGGAGAUUCACUUUUUUCGACUCCCCUAGUAGGCUCCUAGUAACAUUGGUCUCUGAGCUCAGUGAUUGCCAGUAUUUUCAUGAUUUUAUCAUGGUUUUACAUUUGAACUGUAAAUAAUGUAUUUUUAGGAAUUAUGUGACAUGUGUUUUCCAGCCUCAGCAGCUCACGGAGAGUUGAGAAUUCUGCAAGAAUAAAUGGAAAAUCGGACAACAGUUAA